AUGGAACACAUGCAGAAAACAGCUGCCUUGGAUUAUCCACCUCAAUACCAACAACAACAUCAACAGCCGGAUAUGCAUCAUCAAUAUCAGCAGUAUUCUGGGUACGAUACCGUUCCUUAUUAUCCUCCUCCUCAAAGCUAUGAUCCUGCCUCACCUCCACCUCAGUGUGCUGGAAUGCCACCGAUGUCGUGUAUUUCACCACCUCAACAGAUGCCACCACAGCGGCAAGUUUGUGUGUACCUCUGCAACAGAGAACUUUGGGUAAAGUUUCAUCAACAUACAACAGAGAUGAUCAUCACUAAACAAGGAAGGCGGAUGUUUCCUACUCUACAAUAUAGUCUGACUGGAUUAGAUCCACACAAACAGUACAACGUAUUUGUGGAUAUGAUCUUAGCUGAUCCACACCACUGGAAAUUCCAAGGUGGAAAAUGGGUGCCAUGUGGACAAGCUGAACCAGUGCCUCAAACUGGGAAGGUGUACCUGCAUCCAGACUCGCCAAGCUCCGGCGCCCACUGGAUGAAGCAGGAUAUAGUGUUCAGUAAACUGAAAUUGACUAACAAUAAAAACAAUUCCGGUGGACAUGUUGUUCUGAACUCCAUGCACAAGUAUCAACCCCGUAUACACGUGAUCGAAGUUGGCGGAGGACAAGGAGACCAAAAGAAUCUUAUGACGCAUGCGUUUGAAGAAACACAAUUUAUUGGUGUCACUGCUUAUCAGAACACAGAUGUGACUCAGCUGAAAAUUGACAACAAUCCAUUUGCCAAAGGAUUCAGAGACAAUUUUGACAGAACUUGUGAUAUUGGAACGCCUCCUCCUUCUUAUCCAAUGCUUACCAUGGCACAACAACAACAACAGCAACAACAACAGCAAUAUACCCUCCGGGAACAUAUGUACACAGAUGCGCAUGGGCAGUUUGUUUCUAGAGUUCCAUCAUCAUUCCAAUCAGCCGACAGAGAUAUGUUGCAUCUAAACCGAGAACAAGCAGAGCAUCUCCGAAAUGCAGAAAUUCAAAAGUGGCAAAUGUCCCUCAGAGAAUCAGAUAAUCUUCAAAACUUCGAUAUUACAAAAAGGAACAAACGAAAAAUGGAAGAUAAUAUGGGAAAAGAAAGUGAUGAAUUUGAACAGAAAGACGCAUUUGGACCCGAGUAUGGCGCUGGACUUCCUGUUUCUUCCGGUGAUAACUCUUAUCCAUAUACAGCUUUUGUCAAACGUACAAAAUACGAAGAAGAGGGAUCAACAGACGUAAACGGGCACCUUACCAAAGAACAAACAGGAUUUGGUAGUGGGUACCAGUUUAACGGUGUCUAUGAAAACAAUACUGGCACAUAUGCUGAGCCUGACAAUAGAACACCCUCAUACGAAACGUACAAUGGUAUGCAUCAGCUUUACCAACAGUCACGUGAUGUUCGACCGUCUGCAGUUUAUUGAAUAUUGUGUAGUGGCGAUUAUGUUAAUUUAUUGAUUGGUUGUGCCUUCGUAAGCAUGAUCUAUUGUCAUAAAUAUUUGUCAUCCAUAUUCAUGCAUCUUAGUUUUUAUAGAAAUAAACUCAUCAUAGACCCAAACGGCAAAUAUCGCUACAUAAUACCUAUGCAAUUACGCUAUUUUUGAUAACAUGGAGAGAAGAUAUGUUUCUAUUAACUUGAAAUGUGUUAUCAUUUUAGCCAGUUGACCGGAAACAAAAAAAUCAAAACGUUUUCUGUUGAUAGUCAUGACAUCAGGGCCAAAACUGAUAAUCUUAUCGACCAACUGUCCCAGUUCAAUAUACGACCGGCCGAUGUUCGCAUAAUAAUAGAAAAAAAUAGAAAAAAAAUUGACACUUCGGUUAACGAGCGAAUUCACCGUAACGUUACAAUAGUAAAGCGACAUAGAUGUUAAACCUGCUGAUUCCAGCCAUAAGAAAGCUUAAAACGGACUAAUAUUGUCUGCUGUUGUCCAAUGAAAUCGUAAGAUUUUAUCAGUAGCGGGAUAAAAAUAUAAUAUAAAAAUAUUUAAUAAGGGGACGAAGUCCCCUAUUACAGUAGAAAAAUCAAUAAAAAGAAAAAAAAAAAAAAAAAAAA